CUUUAUCAUCAUACACCUCAUCACUAAGAAACGGCUGUCACUUUUGCUUUAUGGUCUGUCUUCUAGUCUUCUACAAAUAAGCAGUAUUUUACAUCCACCCUUUUUUCCCAAUUAUCAAUCGUUUAUUCACAGAAAUGACUUCUAAAAGUGAAAAAGAUCGCGCCAAACAGAUCCAGGAUCGAUGUCAGAAUAUAUUAAUACAAUUAUUGAAGGAUGAGGACAAUAAAUAUUGUGUUGAUUGUGACGCCAAGGGGCCUCGGUGGGCGUCAUGGAACCUUGGUAUAUUUCUUUGCAUCCGCUGUGCUGGUAUCCACCGUAACCUCGGCGUGCACAUUUCGAAGGUGAAAAGUGUCAAUCUCGACUCAUGGACCGCUGAACAAGUGGUAUAUCUUCAACAAAUGGGCAACUCCCGCGCUCGUGCCGUCUACGAAGCUAACUUACCUGAUUCCUUCCGAAGGCCCCAGAAUGAUAACGCCUUAGAAACCUUCAUCAGAGCCAAGUACGAACAGAAAAAGUACAUUGCGAAGGAAUGGGUCCCGCCUACUAUGCCUAAACUUAACUGGGAUAAAGAAAUAGAUGAGGAGUUAGAAAAACAAAAACGCAAAAAGCGGGCCACAACGUCAGGCUUGGGACCUCUGCCAGCGCCAUCUGCUGACAAGAAAUAUAACAAAUCUGACGUUAUACCAAGUCUGCCGAAGCCUAUAUCAGUAAGUCCUAAAUUAGGCAGAAACACACCUACACACCAGGCAGAUACUAGUAAAACGUCAAAUGGAUCGGCUGAUCUCCUUGGAUUGGACACCAUGAAACCAGAGCCGAAGACAUCCAACAACGACGACAUAUUUUCAAAUUUCUUUUCAGCACCACAAGAGAAACCAGCUGAACCAAAACCGGAAGAACUGAAACCUGAUCUCAAAACAGAAGAAGAGAACUUCUUCAAACAAGCGGCACCAACAGAAAAGGAGAAAUCUAAGCUUACGAAAGAUAGUAUUUUGGCAUUGUACAGUCAGACACCGACGAAUACUUUAGCAAAUCAAUUUAAUCCUGUCCAACAAGUUCAACCCGGAGGCUUCGCAUUUGGAACAGCUUACCAAACCCCAGCUUACAACAAUAUGGCAAUGCCUAAUGGAAUGCAAUUCAAUCAAUUCCAACCGAUGCCAAAUCAAUUCCAACAGCCAUUCCCGAGUCAAAUGCAACAGCAGCCUCUACAAAAUGUUCAACCGUUCCCCCAAAACCAGCAAUUUUUUAACACUCAACCCACUCAACCGCUAUCACAACAAUUUAGUGGUCUUAACUUAGGACAGAAUUUCGCUAAUGCUUUCCCGCCAAACCCUAAUGUCGCGAGCAAUACGACUUGGCAAUAAGGUUUAAUGAAAUAAAUUCAUGGUUUAUAUUUCGUUGUGCAUUAUAGAUAACGCAUUAUUGAGCGUUUGUUCUAUCACGGCUGAUAUCCACAGAAUGGGUUACGAUACAAUGUUCAAUAAUAUUUAAAAUGUUAACUGACUAAAUCCAGGGUGCCGAAGAUGUAAAAAUAUGAAUUGUGUAAGGCAUACGUACUGCAUUUAAAUAAAUAUGUAUAAAGUAUUAUCAAAUUUCAUAAUAUUAAAUCAUUUCUUGUUGAAUAAAGUAUUACAUCAUAAGUAAUAACAGUUAUACUAAAAAUUUUGUACAAAUUUGUUUAAAUUGUGUAUUGUGUCUUCAAAACAUGACAUGCGUUUAGUAAAUUUUCUAAAAGGCAAGCUCGUUAGCCUUUUCUAGUAGUGUGAUAUAAUAUUAUAAAUAUCUUCAUUACGAUUAAAUUUGUACAAAACAAACGAAACAAAACAUUACUAAUUAAUGUUAACUUUCCAUACAAUAAUAUUAACUAAACCGGUUUUACUGAAUGACAAUUUCUGAAACAUUAAAUAUAUAUACUAGUUAAUAAAUUUUUAUCUAUUAAAAUUAGAGACCAUUUCUCAAUUUAUUACAUAUAUAGAAAAUCGAUUAUUAUUUAAUAAUAUUAUUAUAUAUUUAUACGAUUGUCUAAAUAAUAAGCUAGUUUUUUUGGUUAUGCAUUGUACAAAUUUAAUUUUAAUGCUCAAGAUAUUGCGAACAGGUUAAUAACAUAGACAAUAAACGUCGUAACGCAUUCUCUCACGUCAAGGGACAUUAAAUUUUCUUUUAUACAUACAUAUAAUUUAUUAUAGCUAUCUUUGUGUGUAACUGGUGAUAAUAUUUAGGUUAUUUUAAGCACCGAGAUAAAAAAUAUAUACAGCUUAUUCCAAUCGAAGAUUGAAUGAAGAUAAGCGUACCUUAGAUUUACAUAUACCGUACGAUUUGCAAAUAGCUCUGCUUUAUUAUGCACUACAAACUUUCUUUAUUAAUAUAACUUAAUUUAUAACACAACAUUAUGUCAUUUAACUAUUUAUAAUUACUUUUAUUUUACUGCCUUUCAGGACGCCAUUUUUUCACCGAUUCAUAAUGUGUACCAUAGAGUAUUUAAUGAUAUCAUGUGAAUUUAAAGUCAAAGUUGUUUAUCUUUACUGCACCUGUGAUCGGAAUAGGCUGUAAGGGGAUAUAUUAUUAAAUUAAAUAUAAUUGAUUUGUCUUGUAAUAAAUAUGUAUUUGUAUAUUCAAUUUCUUGCAUACUUUGGAUGAAUGUAUUAAUUAAUUGUUUCAUUUAUUUGGAAUAUAAAUUAGAAAUUAAUUUAUAUAAUGAUGAUGUAUAGUUACUUAGUUAGACUUUUACAGUAUCUCGGUGUAUAAUUCACUUUGAAGUUUAAUUAACUAUUCGUAUAUGUAUUGUGCAAUUAUUUUGAAAAAAAAAACUAUUUUUUCCGUAUAUACAAUGAUAGAAUUUAUUUUUUUAAUUACGUUUUUACACGUUUUUUUAGUAUUAUCUUGCACUGUUAAGACACAAGUAGUGUGAUGUUUGUGUUUAUGUAUGAGUAAUUAUUUACGCUAUUAUAUAAAUUCUAAAGAUUAGUUUACUAUUGUUUUGAAAUAAUCAACAUGAUGUCUAUUCAGCCCAUUUUCAACUGCAGUAAGCAAUGUGACAAAUAUGUCCAACAAACGAGCCUUGGAUCGUGACCUAAGAUUGAACUCGAUCGAGUUCACCGUUUAGUUUUCAGAUAAUUUUUGAGUUUCACAGUGGGCUCAGUGCGGAAGGAAAACAAUGGGAUUCAGAUGAAAUAACAAGAAAACCCUAUGCCCAUCUGUGGGCAUAGAAUGUGGGUCACAUUCAUAGGUUGUUAAGGAAAGGGCUGAAUGUAAUUUGGUAUUAAUAAAACAUACAGUUUGAUCAGGGACAAUAAUAAUUGUAUUAAAAUCCGAGAAACAUUUAGAGUAUGCUUAAUAUUACUUUUUAACUUAGUAGAAUAUUUAAUUUGCAUAGAAAAGAUAAUUGUAAUGAGGUUGGAUUUGUCAACUUUAGUUAAGAUAUUUUAGGAAAAUAUUAGAGUUGUAACGAAGUAUUUGGUUACUAUUCGGUAUUCGGCAAAUUAAGACAUUCGGCCGAAUACUGAAUAUUAACUAUUCGACCGGUUUAUAAUUUUACGGUUUGCGUUUAAAUUUUGCAUCAAUCAAGCCGAAAAAUUUGGAAGGAUAUUCGGUAUCAGGCAGAAUAUACUAUUUUGCAACAUUAAAAUAUAUAUAUCUAUUUAUGCUUUAUAACUGCUACUAUAAAGUAAACCUUGAUAAUGCGUUCAGUAUGAAAGCAUACUUAGAAAAUUGUGUGAAAUGAUAAAUCGCACACAUCCUUCAUAUUUGUUAUUGAAAUCCUAAUGUUUGCUAUAGGUUUAGAUAAAUAAUUUGGCUCUUUACAUUGUUCCUUUG